GAGCCUAUGCUCGAUGUUGCAACUGGCCUAGAAUGACAUGUGAAGUCGUCAAUGGCAACAGAUCUUCCUCUCCAGAUGAUGCUGGGAGCAUGGCAAUUUGCCCAGCACAGAAGAACUGUUUGGAUGUUUUUCCAACAGGUUGUUCGAUAAGAUCACCCUGGAAAGGUCUAACUGGUGUAAAACCAUUUAUGCCUAAUUAUUGUCAUGGUUACAACGAACUUGUUGAUAGAGGUCUAUGGGCAGCCGCAGUGUGUUGUUCCGCCCCGAGCCUCAAUUGUAAUACCAAGUCUGCCCUGUCUGGUAGUGCAAAGGGAGACAAAGCUACUAUUGGGUGUGGUCCGGAUUGGAUUCUCACUGGGUGCAGUGUUCGAAACCCGAGGCAUACCACACUUGGGGCAUAUAUUGAUGAUGAUGACAACUGCGUGGCUGUUAAUGGAGCAGAUGGCAAAGCAAUUUGGGCUAUAGCCGUAUGUUGUAAAGACACGUAUUAGAUCGCCUAAAAUAAGAAAAAGAAACUAGCAUGUAUGUGUGUAUGUUAGUAAAUAAUAAUAGGUGAGGGGAAAACAAUGUAAUACAAAUGAUGUGUGUAUCCAAUAGCAUGUGAGUUUGUUGUGUAUGAGUAAAAUAUCAAAACAAUAAAUGUAUAGCCAAAGAAUAACA